UUGGGUUACUUCCCGAGGCCGAAUCAACGGCCUCAGUAACCUUCCUGGCAAGGUAAUAUCACUUGGAUCUGGGGAAUCACCCAGGUCCUGUAUCUUUGUCAGGAACACUAUUGACAUUUUUGUACUUACAGGAUUCUGUUCCAGAGAUGUAACAUCCAUCCUGGUAAAACUUCCCAUGGAAACGGGCACUAAAGAACUGGUCAUCUGUUCUGCCUACUUCCCUGGUGAUACCAUGUUCCCCCCGCCAAAUGAAGUGCGAAAAUUAGUUGCCUUCUGCAGGGGGAAAAACCUUCAACUCCUCGUUGCUUGCGAUGCCAACUCCCAUCACACUACGUGGGGUAGCACGGACAUCAACGAAAGAGGACACUGCAGACUCAGAGCCCACCUCAAAAAACUCAAGAUCCUGCAUCUUUCACUAAACCUACAAAUAUGGAAUGAAUAUUAUAAGAGGGACGAAACCAUCUUAUGUCGCCUUCUCAGUGUGCCUUCUGGAAAUUCCAACGUGGUUUAUUCAGACAGGAAGCAGAAGAGUAACAUUAUCUAA